CAGCCAGAGCCCAAUCCUAGCCCGGCCGCCGCGCCGCGCACUUCCGAUUGGCUGAAGGCGGUGGCAGGGGCGGGCAAGGGCCUGUGAUUGCUUCUCGUAGCUGGUGACGCCACCGGAGCACCCGGCGGAGCGUGCACCGGUGUCAUGGAGGCGCCGGUGGUGGCAAGGCCUCCGGGGAGGAGAACCAAAGAGGAUGAGGAAGAAGGAGAAGCAGUCUUUCGAGAAGUGGUCAGUUUUACCCGGGCUCCCUUGCCAGGUAGAUACUACGAUAAGGACACCAGCACACCUAUCAGCUUUUACCUGUCUUCACUGGAGGAACUCCUGGCAUGGGCGCCCCUCAUGGAUGACGGCUUUAAUGUGGCCCUGGAGCCCCUGCGGUGUCGUCAGCCCCCGCUGAGCAGCCACAGGCCCCGGACCUUGCUAUGCCAUGACAUGAUGGGGGGGUACCUGGACGACAGGUUCAUCCAGGGAUCCGCGGUGCCGAACCCCUACUGCUUCUACCACUGGCAGUCCAUCGACGUCUUCGUGUACUUCAGCCACCGCAUGGUCACCAUCCCCCCGGUGGGCUGGACCAACACUGCCCACAGACACGGGGUCUGUGUCCUGGGGACUUUCAUCACGGAGUGGAACGAGGGGAAGAGGGUCUGUGAAGCGUUCCUGGCAGGGGACGAGCACUCCUACCAGGCCGUGGCCGACCAGCUGGCCCGGAUGGCCCAGUUUUUUGGUUUCGAUGGCUGGCUGAUCAACAUCGAGAACGCUCUGAGUGCGGCCGCCGUGGGCCACUUGCCGGCUUUCCUCCGGUACCUGACAACCCAGCUGCACCGGCAGGUCCCGGGGGGCCUGGUGCUCUGGUAUGACAGCGUGCUACAGAGCGGGCAGCUCAAGUGGCAGGACGAGCUCAAUGAGCAGAACAGGGUCUUCUUCGAUUCCUGCGACGGCUUCUUCACCAACUAUAACUGGCAGGAGGAGCACCUGGAGCGGAUGCGGGGGCAGGCUGGGGAGCGCCUGGCCGACAUCUAUGUGGGUGUGGACGUGUUUGCCCGGGGGAACGUGGUCGGGGGCCGCUUCGACACGGACAAGUCGCUGGAGCUGAUCCGGAAGCAUGGCUUCUCCGUGGCUCUCUUUGCUCCCGGCUGGGUGUACGAGUGUUUGGAGAAAAGGGAUUUCUUCAAGAACCAGGAUAAGUUCUGGAGCCUGCUGGAGCGCUACCUGGCCCCCCAUAGCACCUGCUCUUUGCCUUUCGUCACCUCUUUCUGCCUGGGCAUGGGCACACGGAGAGUCUGCUACGGCCAGGAGGAGGCGGUGGGGCCCUGGUACCACCUGAGCGCCCAGGAUAUCCAGCCCCUGUUUGGAGAGCACCGGCUGGGAGGGGACGGACAGGGCUGGGUGAAGACGCACUGCUGCCUGGCGGACGCCUGGCACGGGGGCAGCUCGCUGCUGCUGCGGGGCGUGAUCCCCCCCGAGGUUGGAAACGUGGCCGUGAGGCUGUUUUCUCUGCAAGUCCCGCUGCCCCCCAGAAUCUUCCUGUCCAUGGUCUAUAAGUUCGAAGGGCCCACGGACGUCGGGGUUGGUUUGGAGCUCACCACAGGGGAUGCCGGCAGCUGUCACGUCGGUGGCAUCUCAGUGUUAAGCGCAGACACUGGCUCAAGGCACAGACCCCAGCCCCUCCGUGUGCCCCCCACCAAGCUGGCCAGGUGGGUGGGUCGCUGUGGCCAGAUGCUCAGCGGGGGCUGGGUCCAGCGCUGCUAUGAGGUGAGCCUGCGGGGGUGCCUCCUGCUAGACCUCCUCGUCAGCUUCUCGCGGCCUCCAGGCAGCCAGGAGGAGAAGAGUUUCGUCUGUCGCCUUGGAGAGAUCCAGGUGGUGGGUGCCGACAGCCUGCUGGCCCCUCUGCCCCAGGUGCAGGCCGUCACCGUCUCUCUGGUCCACUGGCGGCGGGCAGGCUCUGAGCCGGAGGGCCGCCCUGCUCCGCUGCAACUGAGCUGUUCUCUGCACUGGUCCUACCCGCUCCCCGAGGUCCGCUGCUUCCGCGUCCACUGCCGGGGAAGGGCUGGAGUCGCGUCUCCCCUGCCAGCGCUCGAGGAGCCCGUGUUCCUUGGCCUGGCUUUUGCCAACCAGUACCGGGUAGUGGACCUGGCAGUGGAAGCCCCAGGACCUGGCCAGGAUGGCCGUGUGCAGUUCCUGGUGGAGCCCGUCCCCAAGGAAGGGUUUCUGGUACCAGCAGCCGAGUGGGGCAGGGCCACGCUGCUGUACUCUGGCCCCGAGUGAGUGGACAUCGAAGCUCUACAGUCUCCUGGCCUCUCCUUCCUCCUGGCCCUCGACCCGGGUCUGCGCUGGGACCUCCACUAAGCAUGAGUGGUGGUGGCAAGACCCCGGUGCGAGGGCUGUGCCCAAGACCAGGUCCCUGACCUCCAGUCCUAGGACUGUGGCUCUUGGUGGGGACAUUGAAACAGGAAACUAAGAGUGGUCACUCCCAAGCACAGAGAAGAGCCUUUGUUUUGCCAAAUCUCUCUCCACAAUGUAUAGUUCCCUGGUAGAAUGAAAGGAUUUGGGGGAGUUUAGUCCAGAAAAUUCCAUAAAGGGUAUUUCCAAAUCAGCGGCCAGAUGUCCCUGCCAAGGACGGCGACCUUUUAUUCUUGCAAUUGCUCAGUCAGAAGCAAGCUUGUCCCGGGCUUUGGUGGGUUUGAGAGCUUCAUCUGAGGGUGAGGACUAUCCCCUCGCCCUCAGGAGUGGGAGCCGAGGGCCAGGCCAGCACUGCCCCACUGCAGCCAAGGUGUUCCCCAGCUUUGGUGACGGUCUGCCCUGGGGCCUGCCACCUGGAGCACUCUCUCCAGCCCCUGGAUCUGGUGCGUCUGCUGAGCUGCAGGUACUUGGCCAGGCCUGCAGUAAGGCCUGCCCUCUUGGGCACCUCUGCCCAGGGAGGGUGGCCGAGGAUCGGGCAGCAGGUGGGGCCGGCAGGGCGCCUGGCCCAGGGAGAGAGGUGCUGUGCUCUGGGCCAGCCUGCACAGCCACCCUUCUUGGCCUUCUUCAAGCACUCGGAGACCCAGACGAGGCAGCCCCUGGAGGAGGCUGUGCAAGUGCAGGCUGCACCUGUGCUGGAGGCAGCCUGAGGCAGAGGGGUAGCGGGCCACUGCAGUAAAGGGAGCGGCCACCAGAUGGCAGUACUGUCGUGGCUGCUGCCUUCUGAGCACCUGUAGGUGCCGAGAAUGGGCUGGGUUCCUGGUGGGCAUGGCCCCACCUCUUAAGGGCUGAAAUCCACCUCUCCCCACCUCCCUGCCUUCUGUGGCACUUACAUUCCUUUUCCACCCGCUGAGCCGCUCCACAGGGCUGGAGGCCCAGGGCUGGGGUUCCACGUCAGGGUUGGCUAGCCAGUGCUUAGAGAGGUUUGCUGAGGAUUUCGGUGGGGGAUUACUGUGCCACAGACUCACAGAGGCUGCCCAGCUCCCGGGUUGUCCUGGGUUCCUCUGGGCGAGGAGGGGGCUGAGUGGGGGUGGGCAUACGUGAGCUGCUGCCCUGGUACCCCUACUUUGUUCUUUCGGUUCUUAGGGUUCCUCAGCUCUGAGCCUCUCCCCAUGUCUGAACCGGGGUGGGGGGUGGGGUGGGGGGGCGGUGAGGGCCCCUCCUGGCCACUCACCGUGUCCCCAGGGGUGCGAGGCUGCGGGCGGCAGCCUCGUCUCGCUUCCCUUACUUCAUGAAGUCUCCCACUUUCCCCUUUAGGUGCCGGCUCCCCGAGUGUUUUAUGCAGAGGAGGGAAAUUUAUAGUGACAAUUAUUUUCUCACAGUCUGGUGAGCAAGCAAUUAGAAGUAGGGGCUUAGUGGAGCAUGGCGUGUGGCAGAAUCACACACCCCAGCUCCCCAAGAGCCUGGUCCCCAGCCCUACCAACGGCUCACAGGCAGGAAAAUUAAUAUGCCGGCAUUCAAGCCGGUGCCCCUCUGGCGGGUGUAAUCGCUCUGAAAUAAAUUAUCCGACGUUGUGAAAAAUGAA